AUGCCGGUGAUUUUUGCCGCUUUUGGUAAUCUUUUUAAACUUAAACGUAGGGCACUUUGGAAAUCCGAAUUCAUAAUGAGCCAACAAUUACAGCAGGGAGGAGUUCAAUACCAUAUUGGAGGGUGUAAAGAACAUUCUUGUAACUGUCAAAACUUUCAACAUGAGAUUAAUGAUCAGAACAUAUGUUUAAACUGUAAACAUGAUAUUGGUAUACACAUAGACUUUGAAAAAGUACAAGAAUAUAAUUUUCAGAAUAAGUAUAUUGAAAACCCGCGUUCAACAAUUGAAAUUCAUCCAGACAAUCAAAAUUAUAUGAAUCAGAUGCAUCAGCCAGUGCGAGAACAACCACCCCCAAAUACGAUAUGGUUUUAUAAUCGCAACGAAGAAUAUUAUGAGUUUACGAAUUUUAAAGAGGGAUUUGAAUUUAGAGCCUCCCUUGGUGAAAUUAGCAAAUCAUACAAGGAACAUUAUGAAGAAAAAACAUGGCACACAAGCGAACACCUUUUCCAAGCCGCAAAGUUUAUGGAAUAUCACCCAGAAAUCGUCGAACAGAUUAGAAAGUGUCGUUCUCCUAGGGAUGCAUUAAACCUAGCUAGAAUGAACCAACAUCUGGUGGACCCAAAUUGGCAGGAGAUGAACGUAGAAGUUAUGAAAUGGGUGGUAGGAAAAAAAUUUAAGCAAAAUCGUAUAUUGGCUGAAAGGCUGUUGUCAACAGGCGACAAAAAACUUGUAGAGCAUACAACUAUUGAUAAAUUUUGGGGUGAUGGGGGUGAUGGGAACGGGCUUAAUUGGCUCGGACGUAUUUUAAUGGAAGUCAGAGAUGAAUUGAAAACAAUGAACUUCGAAGUUCAGUAUCCUCAAUCGUCAUCGAAUUCACCGUAUAAUGUAAAUAAUAUUGGCUUAGGACCAAACGGUUCAGAGGGCAAUCCAAAAAUUCCCCCACCACUGCCACUCAGGGUAAAAAAACGUGACAUGUCUAAAUAUCAAGGUAAAACUCUAUCUAAUCAAAAUAAAAAUCAACAACAUAUUCAAAAUCAGGAUCAACAAUACAGUCAAGCUCCAAAUCAGAUUCAAUAUGUACCGGUACUUCAGCUCCAACCUCAGCACCAGCUCCAUUAUCAACCAACUGUAACUCAGAAUAUGCCUUCGGAAAAUUACGUGUAUUAUGCGCCGCAAUACGGUCAGCAGAACCUUAAUAACAACCCCAACAUGUAA